UUAAAAGCAAUUAUGAAAUAUCAAAAAAAGAAGUUCUCAUUUUGUUUAGUCUGCAGAUGACUUUACAUAUUCAUAGAUGCUUAUAGGAAAUCACUAAUUUGUGACUGAGCAGUGAUUCACUUUUUUGCCAGUUGCCUUGUCUUGAGUUAAGCUACAUUUGCAUUUACUUAAUUCAUUGCUCACAUUUCCUUCUGUCUUCCAGUUGCCCUGUUCCCAGUGGAGGAUAAUGGAACGGUUGUGGUUCUCUCUGCUGUUGCUGGCAGCAGUAUGCAGGGGACAGCCGUGUCCAAAACGUUGUAUGUGCCAGAGCCUUUCUCCGUCGCUCGCUAUCCUCUGCUCCAAGACAGGUUUGCUCUUUGUUCCCGCUGCUAUUGACCGACGCACCGUGGAGCUACGACUGCAAGAGAACUUCAUCACAGCUGUCCGAAGAAAGGACUUUGCCAACAUGACCAGCCUGCUACAUCUGACCCUGUCCAGAAACACCAUCAGUCAGAUUCUCCCUUCAGCUUUCAGUGACCUGAGGCGGCUGAGAGCACUCCACCUGGACUCAAAUAGAUUAACUGUGAUUAAGGAUGACCAUUUCAAAGGCUUGACCAACCUUCGUCAUCUGAUCUUGGCCAACAACCAACUCCACUCCAUAUCUCCUCAUGCCUUUGAUGACUUCCUGUCUACACUGGAAGAUCUCGACCUCAGUUACAACAACCUUGCUCAAGUGCCCUGGGACACGAUUGGGCGCCUAACCAAUGUCAAUACCCUAAAUAUGGAUCAUAACCUCAUAGAAAAUGUUCCCCAAGGGGUUUUCACCAACCUGCACAAACUGGCCAGGCUAGACAUGACAUCCAACAAGCUGAAGAAAAUUCCCCCAGACCCGCUGUUCCUGAGAAUUCCGGUUUAUGCUAAGUCCAAAGGCUCGCCCCUCUCUUCCCUGGUACUGAGUUUUGGUGGCAACCCCCUUCACUGCAACUGUGAACUUCUGUGGUUGAGAAGACUGACCAGAGAAGAUGACCUGGAGACAUGCGCCUCUCCCCCUGACCUCAGUGCCAAGUACUUCUGGACUAUACCUGAGGAGGAAUUUAUUUGUGACCCACCAGUUCUGACCCGCAAGUCACCUCAUACAGUGGCCAUGGAAGGGCAGCCUGCCAGUCUGAAGUGCAAAGCAAAUGGCGACCCAGAGCCUGAAGUUCACUGGAUCAGCCCUGAAGGGCGACUCAUAUCUAAUGGAUCCAGAACUUUGGUUUUCCCUAAUGGAAGCCUGGAGAUCAAUGCAACAUCCCUCAAGGAUUCAGGCAACUUCACCUGCAUCGCCUCCAAUGCAGCAGGUGAAUCCACAGGAAGGGUGGAGCUAGUUGUCACUCCAAUGCCCCAUCUGGCUAACAGCACAAGCCGCAGCCGAGACCCGUCUUCAGAACCUGCCCCCUCUGACAUCCUUACCUCCUCAAAGGUUGCGCUGCCGAACAACGAGACAAGAGGGACAGACCGGAGGGUCUCAUUGGUGGAACUGACGGGAAACUCUGCCCUCAUUAGGUGGAACAGUCAGACUCCAACAUCUGGAGUCAGGAUGUUCCAGGUCCAGUACAACAGCUCUGGGGAUGACACUCUGGUUUACAGGAUGAUUCCAUCCAGUAGCAAUGACUUCCUGGUCCGGGACCUGGCCGCCGGACGCAGCUACGAUCUUUGUGUCCUGGCUGUGUUUGACGAUGUCAUCACCUCACUGACUGCAACACGUCCUUUGGGCUGUCUGUCAUUCACCACAGACACGGAGUUCAGCCAGUGCCAGGCACUGCACAGCCACUUCCUGGGUGGUACAAUGAUCAUCAUCAUUGGAGGGAUCAUUGUUGCUUCUGUGCUGGUUUUUAUUAUUAUCCUAAUGAUACGAUACAAAGUUUACAGCAACCAAGGGGCAGGCCACGGAAAAGCAGCCAUUGCAGCAACUGCAGCAAGACCGCAGAGCAACGGACAAGGAGGAGGAGGACAGGUCCAGGUCCUCCCUCGCUCUGCCUCAAAAAUGCCUGACAGUCAGGACGACCAAGCAAUAGCGCCGUCCAGGGCCAUGUCGCCUAGCAACACUCUGAGAGACACUGUGGCAUUGGUCGAGGAGGAGAGCAGUGGACGGAGCUUAAUGACAAGGACUGACUCCUUGGUCAAUGAGGAGUUGCUCUCACCCACCAAGGGGCGUUUCUCCUCCAGGGUCGCCAUCGAGAUGAAAAGCAGACCGCCAUCUGUCGCCAAAGAGCCCACCUCCCCCAAGGAACUGGCAGAACCCUGAUGUUGUUGUUCUGAGUGGCAGAUGUGGAGAAUGAACGUCACCAACAGGGAGAAGCUGGUGAAAACACUGAAGGAAAAAAAGGCCCUAUAGCUCCUCUCCCGUAUCUCCUCUUUAUUGUACCCAUUAUUUUGUUUCCAUGGAUAUCAUGACGUCAUAGACCUGUACUGUCUGGUUUACUUUUAACUGCUUAUCUUGGUUCUCGUGUCUGGAUUGGACAAACCCUGUGAAGUUCCGGUGUCUUUUUAGCUGUUGAUUGGCCAGUUGCUGCAGGAUCCAGCAUGUUGGUGUGAUCAUCAUUGAAUUUUCCACUUUGAAACAUCCGUGUCAGUGUGGAAGUGGAGACAGUGGACGUAGAUCGUUUAAAGUGCAACACAAAGAGGCAAAUGAACAUGUCUUAAAAUAAAAAUGGACAGAACAUAUGAAUGAACUUCUCACCAUCCGGAGUGGCAUCAACAUACACAAAGAGAUACCAAACAGUAUGAGUUGGAUGCAUAGAUAAUCACAUUCAAAUUGGAUAUACAAUGCAUUAGACUGCACAAGCAGAAAGGGAAUAUUAUCGCACAGAAAAGAACCUGGAUGGGUCUGGUUUUGGAUGUGACCAUGUGCUAAACACUCAAACAAUAAUGGCUCACUCUGGUUUCUGCAACUGAACAUAAAGGACUCUAAAUGGAUACACUUUAUUAAUCAUUGUGGAAUAAUGCAAUCCUGCUGAACUGUACUGAGCUGAUCCUAUCCGGGCUGAACUGAAGCUGGAUCUUAACCUUGACCGGACCCUAUUAUCUCCCAGUCAGAUGUCUGUUUCUGAAAGCAUGCACAGUAUAUUAGGGAACUUUAAUGAACUGGUUUGACCUGGAUAGACCUGAACUCCUCCUCCUUGUGGAGCCUGAAGUUAUGUUGUGCAUUGCUGAAGGAGUCAGACUGUGCAGUGAUCUGAUGCAGACUAAACCUGGACAAGACUAGACAGGCCUGUUAUCUAUUGGUCUUGUCUGUGUAUUUCACCACUCCGGUCCAAUAUCCACUGCUCUUGACUGGACGAGUCUGGUGAGGACCUUGUGGACCUUUGUCAACCUCCCUCACAUCUCUCCAGGCCCAUUUAAACAGACCCAGUGAUCAGGUGGAAACACACAUAUCUGAAGUCAAGAAGGAAUCAGAUAAACAGAAAAAAAAAAGUUGUUGGGAUAUCAGUUAGCCAAAUCAGUUUCACCAUUCAUCCUCACUGAUAUCAUCCAACGUUUUCCUAUCUAACUCAUCAUCCCCGUGAUCCCUGAAUAUGCUCACAGGUCCACGGUUCUACAUCGAAACUAAAAAUCCUUUAAUGUGACGAAAAAACACUUUAUCACAGAAUAUGACUGCACCACCUGCAUUGUUAACAUCAUAGUUGUCCUCAAUCUUCAUAAUCACACCUUGAUGAUUACCGUGAAGUGCAGUUAUGUGCACACAGCAUCACUGAUAACAUCGCACUUAAUGGUCCAUUUCUAAGGAAUUAAAGUUUCAUAUGUGUCUGACACUUAUCCCUUUAUAUUAAUCAUCAGAACAUGUGAUCUAUGCUAGCAUCUCUUUCAUCGUUGCCAGGCUUUGACCCAGACACCAUGCUGAUUGUUGUAAAUGGGAUAUGUGGUACACAGGUGCCAUCUCAAAUUUGUAUCUAACCAUAUGUGUGCGCACAUAGUUGCACUGACAUCCUUUCGCCGUUGUCAUCAUUAUCAUCAUGAUUGUCACGUUUCCUUGCAGAGCUGGCAGAAGAACAAAGAGAAAGAAAACCUCAGACCUUUUGACCCAUUGCAGACAAACACAAACACUUUGUCUUCACUUUUCUCCUUCUGUGUUCCCCUUACUUUUUUCUUUGGGCUUUAUCUUUUGUAUGUGUACAUAAAGCAAUUCAAAUCUUAUAGUUUUGUACAUGUAAUUUUUAUGGUGUGUGGAAAUUUUCUAAUAAAAUAAAGAAAA